GUGACAAGUCGCAUAACGUGUGCUCAGUACGUUUCGAUAAGUGACUUCGGUUAAUCGUGCACAUCGCAGUGCCCACGCUGCUUAGACUUCUCAUUUAAACUGUGAAAUAGACCGCUCAUCAACUCUGGUGCCUCAACACGAUGACUCAAGCUCACACGUGCGCGAGUGCCGACCGCCACGUGUCUCACCGGCUCACGGGCGACUCACCACACGAGGAGGGCAAUUGAUAUAAUUGUCGCUCGACUUCAACGAUCAUACAAAGACGUCUCAUUUAUACACCGCUCAUCGAUUCUCAGGUCUCUCAUCGGGCGCAGCUCAUUGACGUCUCAUCAUGCCGGAUCCCGCCAAAGCCGGGACGGGCGGCAAGACCCCGCCAUUGCUCGAGCUGCCGGACGACAAGCGCACUUCAGAUCGCCAGACCUCACCGGUGCGUUUGUCUGCGGAACUCACGUUAAAGGUGCAGACACAAAUGAACCGCAUCGCGACAGUGCGGAAAAUCGGCGAGACGUUGCCAUCGACUCCAGAUGACACGUCAGUGGAUGAGGUCCUGCAGAUCUCGAUCCAGCUCGAGGAAGUGCACAAGGCAUUCCUCAAGGAACACGCCUAUUUCGAGGUCUCAUGGCCGGCGGCGCUCAUUUCUCACGAGUAUUUCUCAAAAAACGCCUUCGCCGUGGAGGCGGAAGAGUGUAUGACGGCUUGUCGCGCUCUGGCAAAGCUCAAGGGCGCAUUGGCGGAAAAGAUCGCUCCAACGACAGCUCCUGUAGCGGCGCAGCCCUCACAAUCACAGCAGAGAUUGCCGGACAUCAGCAUCCCGUCCUUCAAGGGUGUGUACGAGGCAUGGCCUACGUAUCGCGAUCUCUUCAAGGCGGUUAUUUAUGACAGCCAACGGCUCACAGACGUGGAGAAACUCCACUAUCUGCGGCUCUCACUGGAAGGCCCACCUGCUCAGCUCAUUUCCGGUUUGCCUCUCACCGGCGACUCGCUCAAACCAUCCUGGGAAAUGCUCGUCGAUCGCUACGAGAACAAGCGGCUGCUCAUUCAGUCUUAUCUGGACCAGCUCUUUGCCAGCUCAACACCGGUGCAGAAGAACGCCAAGGCACUGGACAAGCUGCUCAACACGUUCAAGGAGGGCAUCAAGGGCCUACAAUCCUUGGGCGUCUCGCAGGAUCUGGGCGACUGCGUCCUGGUGUACCAGUUGUCUAGGCAGCUGGAUCGCCAAACCAAGGAGCAGUGGGAGACAUCGUUGGGCGCCGCGCGCGAGUAUCCGCGAUUCGAGAAACUCGAGCAAUUUCUCAUCUCGCGAGCACGAGCACUCAAGAUGAUCGAAUCAACGGCCAGCUCAGGAAGCUCGGCAGGGGCUGCUUCAACAACACGGCGCUCCUCAACGGCUCAUCAUGCGGCAGCUCAACCGGCACGCACCAAUACAUCAGACGGCUCAACGGAGUACCCGUGCGACUGCUGUAACGGCACGCACUUCGUGGUGAUGUGCCCUAAGUUCAGGGAACUCUCACCGGGCGAUUGACAGAAGCUAGUCAUCUCAAGGAGG